AUGGUGCUCCAAGCCAUAAAAUAUUCGCGGGGUCAAUUGGAGAUACUCGACCAACUCAAAUUGCCUCAUGCCGAAGAAUACGAUCACAUUUACUCCAGCAUGGAUGCAUGGCACGCCAUAAAAGAGAUGCGAACGCGGGGGGCCCCUGCAAUUGCUAUCGUGGCUGCUCUCGCAUUAGCAGUUGAAUUGGUCAAUAUGAAGUUAUCACCGGUUGCUGAGGAGGUCAAGGCUUUCAUCAUUGAAAAGUUGGACUAUCUUGUCACAAGUCGACCGACUGCAGUCAAUCUUGCAGAUGCCGCCAAAAAGUUGACCAAGGCCGUCGAACGGGCUACCAGCAAGGAGGGCGCGACUGGGGCGGAUGUCCGAGAAGCAUAUGUCCAGACAGCAGAGAAGAUGCUAGUGGAUGAUGUGAGUGACAAUGAGAAUAUCGGGAAGCAUGGCGCGGAGUGGGUUAUCAACAACACAGAAGCAGGCAAUAAGGGUCCGGUUAGCAUGGUGACGCACUGCAACACAGGAUCCCUUGCUACUGCUGGAUACGGCACUGCACUCGGUGUCAUACGUUCACUCCAUUCGAAAGGGGCCUUGAAGCAUGCAUUCUGUACCGAGACAAGACCAUAUAACCAGGGCUCGAGACUCACGGCAUUCGAGCUGGUUCAUGACAACAUACCCGCAACCUUGAUCACAGAUUCCAUGGCGGGAUGUCUACUUCGACUGAGAGGAUCGGCAGAAAAUAUUGCCGCAAUUGUGGUUGGAGCAGAUCGUGUCGCGGCAAAUGGCGACACUGCGAACAAGAUUGGCACUUACCAGCUGGCGUUUCUUGCCAGAGGCCACGGAAUCAAGUUCCUCGUCGCAGCUCCGCGGACCACUAUUGAUCUUGAUACAAGGUCUGGAGACGACAUCAUCAUCGAGGAAAGGCCUGGAAAGGAAGUCACUCUGGUUAAGGGACCACGGCACGAUGGCGUUAGCCUGGACCUGAACGUCGUGGAGACUGUUAGCAUUGCUGCGAAUGGUAUUGGGGUAUGGAAUCCUGCUUUCGAUGUGACUCCCCAUGAGCUCAUUGACGGAAUUAUCACCGAAGUUGGGGUGGUGGAGAAGGACAGCAGUGGGGAAUUCCACCUUGAGCAAGUUUUCAAGAGUGAGGGUCUGAAGGACAAGUCUUCAACGAUUGGAGGGGUAUAG